AUGGCACACCCCGACGCCGCAGAUCCAGGCGACGGCUCGAAACCUGCUAUCGCGGACUCGCCGACUAUCACGCAUGAAGAGAGCAACCAAGUCCAGUCCAAAUGGAUGUCCGCCCAGGCUGCCGAUGGCGACACCGCCAUGGCGCUGUUUGAUCAUCCCGACGAGCUGCAUGAGGAUAUCGAUCCCGCUGAGGCGCGGCGUCUACUUUGGAAGAUUGAUUUUAUGAUCUUGCCCUAUCUGGCGGUUUGCUAUGCUUUCUUUUAUAUUGACAAGACGACUUUGAGCUAUGCUGCUAUCUUCGGUAUCCGCGAUGACCUCAAUCUGCAUGGCACCCAGUAUAGCUGGCUGAGCAGCAUUUUCUACUUUGGGUUUUUGAUCUGGGCAUUUCCGACCAAUUUUCUGAUGCAGCGUCUUCCGAUUGGAAAAUAUCUCGGCGUGAAUAUCUUCAUGUGGGGCGUCUUCCUCAUCAUCCAAGCAGCCUGCAACAGCUUCGAGACCCUCGCCGUCCUCCGCGCCCUGGGUGGUGCCGCCGAAGCCUGCUCUGACCCAGCCUUCAUGCUCAUCACGAGCAUGUGGUACACGCGUCGCGAGCAGCCUGUGCGGAUCGGUCUUUGGUAUACUGCCAAUGGACUCGGCAUUGCCCUUGGUGGUCUGCUGGGCUAUGGGAUAGGUAAUAUCAGGGGAGCUUUGCCAUCCUGGAAGUACGAGUUUAUCGUGAUUGGUUCUCUUUGUGCAGCGUGGGGCAUUGUCAUGUUUAUCUUUCUCCCCGACUCGCCUGUCACUGCCCGCGGUCUCAGCAUGAGACAGCGCCGCAUUGCCGUUGACCGCUUGCGUGAGAAUCAGACUGGUGUCGAGAAUAAGCACUUGAAGCCGUACCAGAUUCUGGAGGCGUUUAUGGAUUACAAGCUCUACAUGUUCUUUUUAUUGGGCAUUGUCUGCAAUAUUCCCAACGGCGGAAUUUCAAACUUCGGCACGAUCAUCAUCAAGGGCUUUGGAUUCACGACCUUGGUGACCACACUGAUGCAAAUCCCAUACGGCGUUCUCAUCGCCCUCUCGAUUCUAGCAUGCGUCUACCUCAACGACCGCUUCGAGAACCGCCGUUGCGUGUUUAUUCUCAUCUUCCUCAUCCCCAAUAUUGCCGGGGCCUUUGGUCUCCGCUUCGUGCCAGCUGAUCAGCGCGUCGGUAGACUGAUUUGCUACUACUUGACUGGGCCCUAUAAUGCUGCUUUUGUGCUUGUUCUGAGUAUGCAGGUUGCCAACACGGCUGGCCAUACCAAGAAAGUCGUCACCAACGCUGUCCUCUUUCUGGGCUAUUGUACCGGCAACAUCGCCGGACCCUUCUUCUAUAAAUCAGAGCAAUCGCCAGUCUACGAGCUCGGCAUCUGGUCCAUGAUUGUAUCGCAUCUCAUCGAAGUCGUCCUCAUUACCGCCCUGGGUCUUCUUCUCCGCUGGGAGAACCAGAAGCGUGAUCGGAUUCAGUCGCAGAUGGAGGGCGGUUUGGAAGGGAGAGAUUUGGACUCGACGGCGUUCUUGGAUUUGACGGACCGGGAGAAUUUGAACUUCCGCUAUAUUUAUUGA